CGGGUCAGGGGCUCACUUGGCAGCCAUGAUGGCUUCUGGCGGAAGUCUCGGUCGGGAUCGUGGAGCAGGUGCAGAUCUGGAGACGUCCUUAUUGAGUUUUGAGAAACUGGAUCGUGCGUCCCCUGACCUGUGGCCUGAGCAGCUUCCAGGCGUUGCAGAAUUUGCUGCCUCCUUUAAGAGUCCAAUUGCUGCUUCUCCUCCCAAGUGGAUGGCUGAGCUGGAGCACGACGACAUGGACAUGCUGAAAGAGUUGGGGAGUCUCACCAUUGCCAACCUGAUGGAGAAGGUGCGGGGGCUGCAGAACCUGGCCUAUCAGCUGGGCCUAGAGGAAUCGAGAGAAAUGACCCGCGGAAAGUUCCUCAACAUCCUGGAAAGACCCAAGAAGUAGGAUGCCUCCAUGCUGCUCCUGAGGUCCUGAUGGACGGUUCCUCCAUGUUCUCUGGAGCUUCUGUUAGAAGACUGAAUGUGAACCUUCUUUGCCCUUGUGUUUUUAUUCUGCUUGGUAGGGUUGACCUGCGUAGGGGGGCGCGGGCCGUGGGCAGCUCAGGCUUCUUCUCUUAAUUGAAUUCUAUGUUAAUCACCUCUCAGAUCUGAGCUGCUCGGUGUAAACUCUGGGGGCUUCUCACCACCCCUCCCCCAGCAUCUGUUGCCUUUAAUCUCCAUCAAUCUUCUAAUCUGCAGCCAGUCCUAAAUCUGCAUCUAGAUAAUGACGGAUCCGAGCUUGGCAUCUCCUGCCCCGCUCUUCACCAUCCAGAAACAUGGCGGCCUCUGUUAUUUCAGCAGGGGGUGUCUCGAGUUAAUGCGUGUGGAUGACAGGUAGAGACUGGCACCAAUCAGCCAUAACAUUAAAACCCUUCUGACUGGUCGAGGCAUGGACGCGGUGGACAAUGUUUAGGUAGGUGGUCACUCCUUCUUUCAGUGCUCUGCCCGCAGUGGGUAGGGGCUGUCAGCAGAGGUUACCGCAUGUACAGCGAUCUGCCAUAACUUCUGACACCUUUCUCUCGCCACUAGCAGUAAUGUUGUCAGCAAUUUGCCUUCUAAUAGGACCAGAUGAUCUGGCCUUCACCCACCACCCAUCCAUGAACCAUGGGUGCCCAGGACCCCAUUUCUGUUUCACUUCUUUGUCUUUCUUGGACCAUUUCUGGUAGGUACAAGCCACUGCAUAACAAGAACACCCCACAAGGGUGACCAUUUUGGAGGUGCUCUGACCCAGCACCACUUUUCCUGCUUCACUUGGUGCCAGACAUACCCAGUCCAUAGUCUAUGUUCUUACCAUCACCUGUUUUAAUGUUAUGGCUGAUUGUGUCAGGGGCAUGAAGCAGAUGGGGUGGGCACCAGCCUGGUGACCUACUUCACAAACCCCUCCCCCGUCUCCCUAAUUUACAUAAAAUAGAUCUCAAUUAAAUGACCAGAUGGUGAUAUGAAAACAAAUUAAAAAUGGAAUCAU